AGAAAAAGAAAAAAAAAGAAAGCGGAUGUUUCGCCAUUUUAAACAGACUGUCAAUUCCUUCCAAUUGAAAAUGUUAUUACAUUUUUCAUAGAAACUUUUAUAAACCUUAGACAGGAAUGUGUAGCGUGAUGAAGAGAUGGAGGAGUUUGUGAAUCGGGUGGCUGUGUAGAUUCUGAUGAAGAGUCAGUGGACUGUUUUGACUGUUCAGCUUCAUUAUGGAUGACACACAAACAUCCAGAGAUGAAGAUUUUUCUCCGGGAUUCAGUUCAGUUCAGCAGGAGAGAUCAGAUCCAGAGCCCAGCUGUGUGUCUAUGAGGAGUGACUGGUCUAGGGAUAUUCCAAUAGAUUUUAAGAAAGACGAUACACAGACUGAUCUCAGGUCAAUACUGACACAAAGAUCAGCCGUAACAAAACCCGUCUGUGAGAAGAAUGACCCGUCUAUGAAUCAACUACAGGACUGUAAUGAAAGCAGCCAUGAAGUCCUCAACACAUUUAGAUCAAAUCUGAUGAAGAAGUUUCAGCAUCUCUAUGAAGGAACAGCAAAGCAGGGAAACCCAACACUCCUGAAUGAGAUCUACACAGAGCUCUACAUCACAGAGGGUGACAGUGGAGAGAUCAGUAAUGAGCAUGAGGUGAGACAGAUUGAGACACAAUCCAGGAGAGCAGCAACAGAGGACACACCGAUCAAAUGCAAUGACAUCUUUAGACCUUUACCUGGACAAGACAAACCGAUCAGAACAGUGCUGACAAAGGGAGUCGCUGGCAUUGGAAAAACAGUCUCUGUGCAGAAGUUCAUCCUAGACUGGGCUGAAGGGAAAGUGAAUCAGGACGUCCAGCUCAUAUUUCCACUUCCUUUCAGAGAGCUCAAUUUGAUGAAGAACAAAACACUCAGUCUUUCAGAUCUUCUUCAUGUCUUUUUCCCUGAACCAAAACAAAUGGAAAUAUCCAGUGACAAAUAUAAAGUGUUGUUCAUCUUUGAUGGUUUGGAUGAGUGUCGUCUGUCUCUGGAUUUUCAGAGCGAUGUGAGGUUGUGUGAUGUAAGCGAAUCAGCCUCAGUGGAUGUGCUGCUGAUGAACCUCAUUGCAGGGAAUCUGCUUCCCUCUGCUCUCAUCUGGAUCACCUCCAGACCAGCAGCAGCUGAACUCGUCCCCUCUAAGUGUGUCCAUCGAGUGACAGAAGUACGAGGCUUUAAUGAGCCACAGAAGGAGGAAUACUUCAGGAAGAGAAUCAGUGAUUGGAGUCUGACCAAUAAAAUCAUCUCACACCUGAAGUCUUCAAGAAGUCUCUACAUCAUGUGCCACAUCCCAGUGUUCUGCUGGAUCUCAGCCACUGUUCUAGAGAAGAUGUUGACUGAAGCAGAGAGUGGAGAGAUUCCCAAGACUCUCACUCAAAUGUACACAAGCUUCCUGAUCCUUCAGACCAACAUCAAAGAUGAGAAGGACUAUGAGAAGAACGUGACAGAUGAAGACAUGAUCCUCAAACUGGGGAAAGUGGCUUUUCAGCAGCUUGUGAAAGGCAAUGUGAUCUUCUAUGAGGACGAUCUGAGAGAGUGUGGCAUUGACGUGACAGAAGCGUCAGUGUACUCUGGAUUGUGCUCUCAGAUCUUCAGAGAGGAGUCAGGCUUGUAUCAGGCGAAAGUCUUCUGCUUUGUUCAUCUGAGCAUUCAGGAACAUCUAGCGGCUUUAUAUGUGCACCUCUCCUGUACAAACAACAACAUAAAUGUGUUUGACUCAGUCACCAAACCAGGUUUGUUGUCUAUAUUUAAGGACUUGUUUCACUACAAUUCAUCAAAACAGGUUUCAUUUUCUGAGCUCCAUCAGAGAGCUGUGAAUGAGGCUCUACAGAGUAAAAAUGGACAUCUGGACCUUUUCCUGCGGUUCCUUCUGGGUCUGUCAGUUGAGUCUCAUCAGAUUCUCCUACAGGGACUAAUAACACUGAGAAGAAGCCAAUCUGACAGAAAUGAGAAAACAGCUAAGUACAUCAAGGAGAAGAUCAGGACCAUUGACUCUCCAGAGAAAUCCAUCAAUCUGUUCCACUGUCUGAAUGAACUGGGUGAUCAUUCACUAGUGGAGGAAAUACAACAGUAUCUGAAAUCUGGAACAAUAAGUGAAGCCAGACUCUCUUCAUCUCAGUGGUCAGCUGUAGCUUUUGUGUUGCUGACAUCAGAGAAGAAGCUGGAUGGUUUUGAUAUUAAUACAUUUGUUGGAGAAAAUAAUAAAGCUGAAAAACUGAUGGUUCUUCAGAAUCUGAUGCCUGUGAUUAAAGUUCAUCUGAGUGAUUGUGGAGUCACAGAGAAAGAUUGUGCUGCUCUGACUUCAGUUCUGACAUCAAACCCCUCACAGCUGAGAGAACUGAAUAUGAAUGAGAAAAAACUACGAGAUUCAGGUGUGAAGCUUCUCUCUGUUGUACUGGAAGAUCCUGACUGUAAACUGGAGAAACUCUGGUUGAGGGAUUGUGGAGUCACAGAUGAAGGUUGUGCUGCUCUGGCUUCAGCUCUGAGAUCAAACCCCUCACACCUGAGACAUCUGAAUCUGUCUGUGAAUAAACUAGGAGAUUCAGUUCAUCUGCUCUCUGCUGUACUGGAGGAUCCUCGCUGUAAACUGGAGACACUGUGGUAA